UGUGUCCCUGGUGCUGGUGCUUUCCGGGGCCGGUGAGGAGCUUCCACCAUGUCGCGCUACGACAUGAAGGACUUUGGAGACGCCGCUCAGUAUUUACGCAAAUCCGAGCUGGAGCUGCUGACGGCGCACACCAUCCCGUUUGACGGUAAAAAGCGAGCCUGGAUCCCCGAUGAGAAAGAAGCGUACAUCGAGAUUGAGAUCAAGGAGCUCAGCGGCGAUAAAGUCGUCGUUGAGACCAAAGAUGGGAACACGAUAACGGUGAAGGACAGCGACAUCCAGCAGAUGAACCCUCCCAAGUAUGACAUGAUCGAAGACAUGGCCAUGCUGACUCACCUCAACGAGGCCUCCGUGCUCUACAACCUGCGCCGACGCUACUCUGCCUGGAUGAUCUACACCUACUCCGGGCUCUUCUGUGUGACGGUCAAUCCGUACAAAUGGCUGCCGGUCUACACGGCUCCCGUAGUCGCUGCCUACAAAGGCAAACGCCGCUCCGAGGCGCCGCCGCACAUCUACUCCAUCGCAGACAACGCCUACAAUGACAUGCUGCGCAACCGGGAGAACCAGUCCAUGCUCAUCACCGGAGAAUCCGGUGCUGGCAAAACUGUCAACACGAAACGUGUCAUUCAGUAUUUUGCCAUUGUGGCAGCUCUCGGAGACACAGCUGGCAAAAAAGGAGUAAGGCUGAUGUGGCAACCCGGGACUCUGGAGGAUCAGAUCAUCGAGGCGAACCCUGCCAUGGAGGCGUUUGGUAACGCCAAAACGCUGAGGAACGACAACUCAUCCCGAUUUGGAAAGUUCAUCCGGAUCCAUUUCGGACCGUCGGGCAAACUGGCCUCGGCCGAUAUUGAUAUAUAUCUUCUGGAAAAAUCCAGGGUGAUAUUUCAGCAGCCUGGUGAGCGAAGCUACCACAUCUACUACCAGAUCAUGUCUCAGAAGAAACCAGAGCUCUUAGACAUGCUCCUGGUGUCCUCCAACCCGUACGACUACCACUUCUGCUCUCAGGGCGUCACCACAGUGGAGAACCUGGAUGACGGCCAGGAGCUGAUGGCCACUGACCAUGCCAUGGACAUCCUGGGCUUCCUACCCGAUGAGAAGUACGGCUGCUACAAAAUAGUGGGAGCCAUCAUGCACUUUGGCAACAUGAAAUUCAAGCAGAAGCAGCGAGAGGAGCAGGCGGAGGCCGACGGCACCGAAAGUGCAGACAAGGCCUCGUACCUGAUGGGGGUCAGUUCAGCUGACCUCAUCAAGGGCCUGCUCCACCCGAGGGUGAAGGUGGGGAACGAGUACGUGGUGAAGGGACAGAACGUCGAGCAGGUUAACUAUGCCGUCGGCGCUCUGGCCAAAGCCACGUAUGACCGCAUGUUCAAAUGGCUCGUGGGGCGAAUCAACCGGACCCUGUACACCUCCCUCCCUCGCCAGUACUUCAUAGGAGUCCUGGACAUCGCCGGCUUUGAGAUCUUUGAGCUCAACAGCUUCGAGCAGCUGUGCAUCAACUUCACCAACGAAAAGCUGCAACAGUUUUUCAACCACCACAUGUUCAUCCUGGAGCAGGAGGAGUACAAGAGGGAGGGUAUUGAAUGGACCUUCAUUGACUUCGGCCUGGACCUUCAGGCCUGUAUCGAUCUCAUUGAGAAGCCGCUGGGCAUCAUGUCCAUCCUUGAAGAGGAGUGCAUGUUCCCGAAAGCCACAGACAGCAGCUUCAAAGCCAAGCUUUAUGAUAAUCACAUUGGUAAAUCGCCUAAUUUCCAAAAACCGCGGCCGGACAAGAAGCGCAAGUACGAGGCUCACUUUGAGCUGGUGCACUACGCCGGAGUGGUACCGUACAAUAUCUUUGGCUGGUUGGACAAAAACAAGGAUCCGCUGAAUGAGACGGUGGUGGCCUGUUUCCAGAAGUCCUCCAACAAGCUGCUGGCCUCGCUGUACGAGAAUUACAUUGGCUCAGACUCAGCAUCCGAAACCAAACCUGGAGGUAAGGAGAAGAGGAAGAAGGCGGCCUCUUUUCAGACGGUGUCUCAGCUCCACAAGGAAAAUCUGAAUAAGCUGAUGACCAACCUGCGCUGCACGCAGCCGCACUUUGUCCGCUGCAUCAUCCCCAACGAGACCAAGACUCCAGGGAUCAUGGACGCAUUCCUGGUGCUGCACCAGCUGCGCUGCAACGGUGUGCUGGAAGGCAUCAGGAUCUGCAGGAAGGGCUUCCCCAACCGCAUCAUCUACGCCGACUUCAAACAGCGCUACCGCAUCCUGAACCCACAUGCCAUCCCCGAUGACAAGUUCGUGGACAGCAGGAAGGCUGCGGAGAAGUUGUUGUCGUCGCUCGACAUCGACCACAAUCAGUACAGAUUCGGACACACGAAGGUGUUUUUUAAAGCCGGCCUGCUGGGGCAGCUGGAGGAGCUGAGAGACGAGCGUUUGGCCAAACUGCUGACGCUGAUGCAGGCGGUGGCUCGAGGAAAACUCAUGAGGAUGGAGCUGUACCGUAUGACCAGGAGCACCGAGGCUCUCAUGAUCAUCCAGUGGAACAUCCGGGCCUUCAACGCCGUCAAACACUGGCCCUGGAUGAAGCUCUUCUUCAAAAUCAAGCCUCUGCUGAAGAGCGCUGCCACUGAGAAAGAGCUGGCAGCUCUCAAGGAGGAGAUGACCAAGCUGAAGGAGGCGCUGGAGAAGUCCGAGGUCAAGCGGAAGGAGCUGGAGGAGAGGCAGGUCAGCCUGACGCAGGAGAAAAACGACCUCUCGCUACAUCUGCAAGCAGAGCAGGACAAUCUUGCCGAUGCUGAGGAGCGCUGUGACCUGCUCAUCAAAACUAAGAUCCAGCUGGAGGCUAAAGCCAAGGAGCUGAUGGAGAGGCUGGAGGACGAGGAGGAGAUGAACGCUAAUGUGUUAGCGAAGAAGCGCAAACUGGAGGACGAGUGUGCCGAGCUGAAGAAAGACAUUGAUGAUCUGGAGAUCACACUGGCCAAAGUGGAAAAAGAGAAACAUGCCACUGAGAACAAGGUGAAAAAUCUGAUUGAGGAGAUGGCAGCCCUGGAUGAAACCAUAGCGAAGCUGACCAAAGAGAAAAAGGCUCUUCAGGAGGCUCACCAGCAGACUCUGGAUGACCUGCAGGCAGAGGAAGACAAAGUCAAUACUCUGACCAAGGCCAAGGCCAAGCUGGAGCAACAAGUCGAUGACCUGGAGGGGUCUUUAGAGCAAGAGAAGAAGCUGCGUAUGGAUCUGGAACGGGUCCGCCGGAAACUGGAGGGAGACCUGAAGCUCUCCCUGGAGUCCGUUAUGGAUCUGGAAAAUGACAAACAGCAACUUGAAGAGAAGCUGAAAAAGAAAGACUUUGACAUAAACUGUAUGAGCUCAAGGAUUGAGGACGAGCAAGCCCUGGUCAAUCAACUGCAGAAGAAAAUCAAAGAGCUGCAGGCUCGCACAGAGGAGCUGGAGGAGGAGCUGGAAGCCGACAGAGCCUGCAGGGCCAAAGUGGAGAAGCAGAGGAGCGACGUGGCUCGUGAGCUGGAGGACCUGAGCGAGCGUCUGGAGGAGGCCGGCGGAGCCACCUCGGCCCAGAUCGAGAUCAACAAGAAGAGAGAGACGGACUUCCUGAAGCUGCGCAGAGACCUGGAGGAGGCCAUGCUGCACCACGAGGCCACCACGGCCGCCCUGCGCAAGAAGCACGCCGACAGCGUGGCCGAGCUGAGCGAGCAGAUCGACAGCCUGCAGCGGGUCAAGCAGAAGCUGGAGAAGGAGAGGAGCGAGGCCAAGAUGGAGGCGGACGAUCUGGCCUCCACUGUGGAGCAGCUCUCUAAAGCCAAGACCUCUUCAGAGAAGAUGUGUCGUCAUUAUGAAGAUCAGAUGAACGAAGCCAAGGCCAAAGUGGAGGAGCUCCAGAGGCAGCUCAAUGACGCCAGCACCCAGAGGGCCCGAGCUCAGGCUGAAAGCGGUGAGCUUGGCAGGAAGCUGGAGGAACGGGAAGCCAUGGUGUCGCAGCUGCAGCGCCUCAAGAACUCCUUCAGCCAGAAUGUGGAGGAGCUCAAGAAGCAGCUGGAGGAGGAGAACAAGUCCAAGAACGCCCUUGCCCACGCGCUGCAGUCAUCCCGACACGACUGCGACCUGCUGAGGGAGCAGUACGAGGAGGAGCUGGAGACCAAGGCCGAGCUGCAAAGAGCUCUGUCCAAGGCCAACGCGGAGGUGGCCCAGUGGAGGACCAAGUAUGAAACUGACGCCAUCCAGAGGACUGAGGAAUUGGAGGAAGCCAAGAAGAAGCUGGUGACUCGACUGCAGGAGGCGGAGGAGUCUGUUGAGGCCUCCAAUGCCAAGUGCUCCUCUCUGGAGAAGACUAAACAUCGGCUCCAGACAGAGAUCGAGGACCUGGUCAUCGAUCUGGAGCGCUCUAAUGCCGCGGCCGCUGCUCUGGACAAAAAGCAACGCAACUUUGACAAGGUCCUGGCUGAGUGGAAGCAAAAGUAUGAGGAGUGCCAGUCAGAGCUGGAAGCCUCCCAGAAGGAGUCCCGCGGAUUGAGCACGGAGCUCUUCAAACUGAAGAACUCUUACGAAGAGAGUUUAGAUCAUCUGGAAACCAUCAAGAGGGAGAACAAGAACCUCCAAGAGGAAAUUGCCGAUCUUUCAGAUCAGAUCAGUCAGGGUUCAAAGACCAUCCACGAGCUGGAGAAGAUGAAGAAAGGUUUGGAGAUUGAGAAGAGCGAGAUUCAAGCUGCCCUGGAGGAAGCUGAAGGCACUCUGGAGCAUGAAGAGAGUAAAACUCUCAGAAUCCAGCUGGAGCUAAACCAGAUCAAGGCUGACGUCGACAGAAAACUGGCCGAGAAGGACGAGGAAAUUGACAACCUUCGCCGAAACCACCAGAGGACCCUGGACUCCAUGCAGGCCACCUUAGACGCAGAGGCCAAGUCUCGCAGCGAGGCGGUGCGCCUGCGGAAGAAAAUGGAGGGCGACCUGAAUGAGAUGGAGGUGCAGCUUAACCACGCCAACAGGCAGGCGGCCGAGUCGCAGAAACUCCUGAGAAACCUUCAGGUCCAGAUAAAGGACAUUCAGAUGGAGCUGGACGACACAAUCCACCGAAACGAGGAGCUGAAGGAGCAGAUGGCGGUGACGGAGCGCAGGAACAACCUGCUGUCGUCCGAGGUGGAGGAGCUCAGGGCUCUGCUGGAGCAGAACGAUCGCUCGCGCAAGCUGGCCGAGCACGAGCUGCUGGAGGCCACAGAAAGGGUCAACCUGCUGCACUCUCAGAACACUGGGCUGAUCAACCAAAAGAAGAAACUUGAGAACGACCUGACAAUACUGUCCAAUGAGGUGGACGACGCUGUGCAGGAGUGCCGCAACGCAGAGGAGAAGGCCAAGAAGGCCAUCACUGAUGCGGCCAUGAUGGCAGAGGAGCUGAAGAAGGAACAAGACACAAGUGCACAUCUGGAGAGGAUGAAGAAGAACAUGGAGCAGACCGUGAAGGACCUCCAGAUGCGCCUGGACGAGGCUGAGCAGAUCGCCCUCAAGGGCGGCAAAAAGCAAGUCCAGAAGCUGGAGGCCAGAGUCAAAGAAUUAGAAAAUGAGCUGGAAUCUGAGCAGAAGAAGAGCCAAGAGUACCAGAAGGGAGUCCGCAAGUACGAGAGGAGAAUCAAAGAGCUCUCCUACCAGGCUGAGGAAGACAAGAAGAACCUGGCGCGCCUGCAGGACCUCAUCGACAAGCUGCAGGCCAAAGUGAAGAGCUACAAGAGGCAGGCCGACGAAGCGGAGGAGCAAGCCAACACCAACCUGUCCAAGUACAGGAAGCUCCAGCACGAGCUGGACGACGCCGAGGAGCGAGCCGACAUGGCCGAGUCGCAGGUCAACAAGCUCCGCGUCCGCACGCGCGACCAAGGCGGCAAGCUCGCUGAGUGAUGUGGCGAGGAAGAAAGGCAUCACCGUCCACCAGCUGCAACAGCUGUGCAUGACUGUGGCCGCCCGCCUAAAUAAAGACUCAUUGACCUCUAAA